AUGUCGCCGUUGCACCCAAACUCUCGGCUACCGAACGACGUCUCCAUCGUCCAGCGGACUGAGAAUGUUGUUGCCAAGGCCGUUGCCCAGCUGCUGGAGCGGGUCAUAGCUUCAUCUCCAUCAAGCGCCAUAACGAGGUUCUUGAACAACCAUUUCUCUAACAAAAGCACUCAAAACAAUGUCCAAAACAAAGGAUCACUCAUUCCCCCAAGUGGGUUUCAUGGGUUCCCUCCUUUUGAUGGUGCAAUUGAUCAUCAGAGUUACUCAAGUAGUAGUGGGUUUUCAUCGCUAAGUUGGCCCAAGACGAGCUUCUUGGACAGGCUUCCUGCUGACGGAGAGAGUCUUCUCAACUUGAGAAAUGAAGGAAACCCUAAUCUUGGUUUCAAUGAAGAAAACAAAUCGGUGGUGGUGAAUUGUAAAGGUGGUGGUAAGAGAGGGAGAGGUGCCUCUUUUGCAAACUUGAUUAAAGGGCAAUGGACUGAUGAAGAAGAUAGGAAAUUGCUCAAGUUGGUGAAGCAAUUCGGAGUGAGAAAAUGGGCUCAGGUCGCGGAGAAGAUGGAGGGAAGGGCCGGAAAACAGUGCCGUGAGCGGUGGCACAACCAUUUGAGACCAGAUAUCAAGAAAGAUACAUGGAGCGAAGAAGAAGAGAAGAUGUUGAUUGAAGCUCAUAAGAAAGUUGGCAAUAAAUGGGCAGAAAUUGCGAAGAGAAUUCCUGGAAGGACCGAAAAUUCGAUAAAGAACCACUGGAAUGCCACCAAAAGAAGGCAGAAUUCAAAGAGGAAGAUCAAGAAAUCACAAGGCCAAAAUGGGAAAACUCAAUCUUCUUUACUCCAAGAUUACAUCAGAAGCCAGAAUCCAAGUAAUACUUCCACCACCCCUACUAACUCCACUGUCACUGAAGAUUUCUCAAACCCUAAUUUCCCUCUCCCUCUCGCUGAUCUAUCCGAGUCGUCCAUCGAUGACUCUUCCCGGUUUAUGAACCAAACCUACGACGAUGAAUUGAACUUCAUGAUAAACUUCUUUGCUGACAAAAAUGAGCAGUCGUUAUCCAGUGGUGUCAACAACAAAACCAUGGGUGCAAAGGAGGCAGAUAAUGUCCAAAAUACCCCCAGAGAAGAAAUUCCAAGAACCCAUUUGUCUUCUGACCUUUACCUUUCUUAUCUGUUGGAUGGACCUAAUACUAGUACUUCAGCUUCAAUGGAUCACUUCCAUGAUUAUAUGAAGUUGGAUUCCUUUCAAGCUUCUGCAAGUGGGACUAAAGAUAUGGAUUUGAUGGAGCUGGUUGCUGCUUCUCAGCUGAACGUCCCUUAG